UGACUCUGAGUCAUGUGAUUUAACUUAUGACAGCCAGAGCUCCGACAACAAACAUCAACUUUGUUGUUUAGUGGAUGUUCUUGAUAUGAAAUAACUACAAUUGCGGCAUUUUGGACAUUAAAUAUGCAUCUCCUAAAUACAAAUUGAGAUAUUGCAGUUAUUAAUCGCGGACACAGCGUAGAAUAAUGGCGGAAGUAGAGGAGCAGGGCAGAAAACCAAGUGAGGAGUUCACAGAUGAGUCUGAGGAGGAGGACAGCGAAGAAGAGCCCAAGCUGAAGUACGAGAGGCUCUCCAAUGGAGUGACAGAAAUCCUGCAGAAGGAUGCAGCCAGCUGUAUGACCGUCCAUGACAAGUUUCUCGCCCUGGGUACUCAUUUCGGAAAGGUCUUCCUGCUGGAUAUCCAAGGAAAUGUGACUCAGAAGUUUGAAAUUAGUUCAGUGAAGAUCAACCAGAUCAGUCUGGAUGAAAGUGGAGAGCAUGUGGGCAUCUGCUCCGAGGAUGGGAAGGUGAGAUCUCUCUGCUCAUUACAGACAGUUACUGAUGCCUAG